AUGUCACAACAAGCAAGCGCCUCCACAGAUGCCUUAGCUGGCUCCUCGAGCUACACUAAAUACGCCAGUCUUCCCGACGUCGAUACCUCAGCUCCCGAUGUCUACGAAUCCAUAGCCCCGAUGCGCACAUCCGAUCCAUCCCAUUCCUCGCGCAGGCAGAAAAGCACAGGCAACGACGACUUCGACUCCGACUCGUCCAGCGACGACUCCGACCGUAUUGCUAACCGUAAGCAUCCAGGAGAUGGAAAGGUCAACGAAGACAUCGAUGCUACCUCAUUGAAGAGGAAUGAUGCUGCGGCAAAGUUCAGCGGUGCUACAGACGUCCCUACUGAGAAGGCAGAUUUUUCAGGCCGAUUGCAAAGGCGUUCACGGAAAACGAGAGCAAGAGAUGCAGGGUUGGAGACGAGUACGUAUGUCAUUCAUGGAUCCUCGCGAGUUGGGACAGGGGAGAAGGAGUCAGCGGUGGACAGGUUGAGAAGGUUGAAGUUCGAAGCAAGUCAACUGGAGGAGGAACUCAGUGCCUCUGCCGGUAAAGGGGCAGAGGAAGGAUUGAAGGAGAAUGUGGAUAGUGCCGAGGUUCUUGCUCAGCUCAAAGUUCUGCAAGAUCAGUUAGCGAAUCUUGCCUCUCCAUCUACCGCCACUUCCAUCUCGACAACAAGCGAGAAAGAUGCUCUGCGUUGGCUACUGCAGCAAGUCAAGCAACCGCCACAAACCAGCUCAUCCGGACCCUCAGCUCCCACCACCGCACCUACUGCUACUGCUAGUGGCAGCACGGCAGACAUUGUGGCCCUCGAAAUCGGCCUUUCAGAACUAGAGUCAAGCCUAGGCCUCCCCUCAGCCCUUCUCGACGACUCUCAUCCACUUCCCCGUCCCAUCCUCUCCACGCUGUCUCGACUCGAACAUCAACUCUCGCUCCUGUCCCAACCACGCCAUCUCGAUGCAAUCAGCAGGCGAGUCAAAGUUCUAGUAACCGAGAUGGAUCGUGUGCACGACACUCGCAGAAAGCUCGCCGACCUUACUCCGUCAGACCGCACUACCUCUUCUUCCACUCUCGCCAAAUGGGAAGUAGAAAAGCUGCAACAACUAUUCGAAGUGUCAACGCGACUCGAACCGCUUCUACCCAUCAUUCCGGGUGUUUUGGGAAGACUAGAGACUUUGGCGGAACUGCAUGCUACUGCCGCACACUUCGGAAGCACAUUGGAUGAACUGGAAGAGAGCCAGGAAGCGAGACUGAGGGAGCAAGAGGAGCUGGAAGAGCUGCUAGGAAAGAUGGAGAAGAAUAUGGAAGAAACUAGAGGGAGAGUGGAGAGUAAUUUGGAUUCCGUUAUGGCUCGCAUUGAGGGAUUGAGAGCGAGGCUGGAGGAGCUGUCAUGA